AUGAUGUGGGCUUCCGCGGACCUCACGAGCUUCUUUCAUGGCUUGGGCUGGCAGAUGCAGGUCUGCUCCCAGGGGACAGUUGUGACCAAGCGGGGAAAAUCAGAAAGUCGCGAGCAGCAGAUUCUGUUCCGGCCAGGAUCCUCGCGGGAGGGUGCGGUGGAGCCUCACCUGUUCUUGGAGCUCUACACCGGUGAAGGCUCGGAGGAACUCUAUGCUCAGCCAGACGUGACACAGGUGCCUGCGAAUCAGCAGAUUCGCUUCUGCCAAGUUGGUGACUGCUCUGCAGCCAUCGAGCCCCUCAAGAAGUUCCUCACCAACUACCUGGGCGGCGCCAUCGACGGCCAAGACGAGCAUGGGAUCAUGCGCCUGGUUGUGGAUGUCUUUCUCAGCCGGGGAGCACACGACAACAACCUGGGAUGCUGGACCAUGCGCGUGUGCGACUUCAUGGUGGAUCGGCUGGGUUGGAGUUUCGUCGUCUGCAACGUGUGCAACCUGGGAGAGGCAGGGCGAUGCCGCGAGCAGCAGCUGGUCUUUCGCUACGAUGGGCCUUUGAGACAUCUACCGGUGGUCCGGAACUUGAACCACGUGCUUGACGAGGCAGCUUUCCAUGGGCUGUCAUUGCCACCUUACUGGCUGAACGAAGACGUGUUGGCGCACAGGAAGAACCGCUCGAUUGAAGUCUGCUCACAAGACGAGGUGGCGAACCUCCAGGAGAUCUUCGACGAGACCUUCAAGCGAAUUCUGACGCGAGACCGUGUCUACGAGUAUCAGGCGCGCACCAAUGAGGAGAUGCCUUAUCGCCUCGAAGUGGUGCAUGCCUUCAGGAGCGAGAAUGCGGAGCUCUUUCUGAAGUUCGCAGAGCGGCGAGAAGAGUACAAGGGCGGCUGGCCGCUGAAGGCCAAGAGCCACGGAGCCGGGUCGAUGAUCAACGAGCGACUGCUGGAAGGAGAGUCUUACCUGGCGCACGGAACCAACCCAUCGUCGGCAAUGGCAAUCCUAAAGGGCGGCUUCAAGUUGGACCAUGCCGGCAGCGCCACCGGAACCAUGUUCGGAAACGGGGUUUACAUGGCCGAGUGCGUCUCAAAGUCCGACGAGUAUGCACGAGACGACAACGGGGGAAC